AUGGUGAGAGCCCACCUGUACUUGGAGUUUAAAUUCCAAGUUAUUGUCGGAGGAGAACUAGCUGGUGGUGAAACAUGUUCGGCUCUUGCUAAGUCUUCCUUACCGCCGCCUCGUCCGAAGUCUCCACCGGAAUAUCCAGAUUUGUACGGGAAACGCAGAGAGGCGGCGAGAGUCCAGAUGCUAGAGAGAGAGAUAGGUUUUCUCGAGGCAAGUUAA